GACGGUGGGGCCGCUGUUCAUGAAGUGGGGCGGCGAAGAAUGCGCUGAUGAUCAUGAGAUUGAAACGAAGAAGAUCUCUGGAGAUUGCUUGAAGUCCGAUGAGUGUUUGGAGUGGCUGGAUUCGAAGCCGCCGGGAUCGGUGGUGUACGUUUCGUUUGGGAGUGUGGUGUAUUUGAAGCAACAACAGGUUGAUGAAAUUGCUCAUGGCUUGAACAAUUCUGGGCUCCCUUUCUUGUGGGUGUUGAAGCCACCUCCCAAGCCCUUCCACCGCCACGUGGUUCCCGACCAGAUUUUGGAGGAAUUGGGAGAGAGAGGGAAGGUGGUUGAAUGGAGUCCGCAGGAGCGAGUUCUAAGGCACCCAUCGCUGGGGUGUUUCGUGACGCACUGCGGGUGGAACUCGUCGGUGGAGGCCAUGAGCUCCGGCGUGCCGGUGGUGGCGUUUCCGCAGUGGGGGGAUCAGGUAACCAACGCCAAGUUUCUCGUCGACGUCUUCGGAGUCGGCCUCCGCCUGUCGCGCGGCGCCGGAGAGGACAGACUCGUCGCCCGAGACGAGAUCCAGAGCUGCCUCAGGGAAGCCAUGGAGGGCCCCAAGGCGGCGGAGUUGAGACUCAACGCUUUGCACCGGAAGAACGCGGCGGCGAUAGCGGUGGCUCACGGUGGCUCCUCCGACACAAAUUUCAAACACUUCACUGACGAGAUUAGAAAACGAUCUGUCGGUUUCUGUGGUGGUGGUGGGAUUUCCCAAGUUUCUCCAUCCACGUCAUCAUAGAAAAUUACAAUUUUCUCCCACUACCUGCCCUAACUUUUUUUUUUAAAUAAUAUUUAGAUUUUUUACUCAUUGGCAGAAGAGGAAUGCAUCAAGGAAAAAAAAAAUGUUUUUUUUUUCUAAAAAUAAAUAGCUGAUAGGAAGAUACAAAUUACAAUAAACAAUUAAAAUAUUUUAUUUUAUAAAAACAACUUACCCGCACGUUGAGUUUGUAUGUGACGGGUUUUUAUUUUUCUUUUUAAGUACAACAAAUGUCAGGAUGGGAGAUUGAACCUCCUACCACUAAAUUUA